AUGGAACAGGCAAAUAUUAGAGCACCUGGCAAAUGUAGUUUGUCAUAUUCAUAUUUUUCUCUAUUUUCAGUGGACACAUACCUGUUCCAGGAGGUACAGUCAACUCCGUCCAUCCGUAACCUACAUCCCAACAUUCUCAAUAUCUCACAGAAUGCUUUACCAGAAUACACAAAUCGUGUAGACCAACCAGAUGACAGUAAUGGUUCAUCCACACAUAUAUUCUACAUUGCCGUGGGUUGUGUGUGUGCACUCAUUAUCUUCGUGGCUCUAGCCGUGGCUGUGUACUAUGUCAACUCACAGAAAUCUACAAACAGGGCUUAUGCUGAAAGAAUUAGUGACACAAGCAGUUCCCAGGCACUGACACAACAGACACAGUCAUUUCUGAGGGCAGACACGCCAAAUAAAAGUUUAGCUGGAUCUCUGAGAAGCUACCCGCGGGGAAUAUCCCCGAUACCUGAAUUACGUCAACAGAUUCCAGCGCCACCUAUUGAUCCAUAUGCAACUCUACAUGAAAUAGCAAUUGAUCGAUCAAGAAUUUCAUUGUCGGAAAUAAUCAUGGAAGGAACGUUUGGAAAAGUAUAUUGUGGUACGUUAUUAAGCGAGGAUGACAGUGAGGUUGCUGACCAGGAAAUAUUUGUAAAAACAAUUACAGAGCAAGCACGGAGUGAUCAAGUGCAUGUGUUUCUUGUGGAAAGCUGCCUUAUGAAAGGAUUACCUCAUCCAAACAUACAUCCUGUCAUAGGGGCUUGUAUCAGUGAAAAAUUACCACCAUAUAUUAUAUAUCCAUACACUACAGAGGGAAACCUUAAAAAGUUUUUACAGAAAUGUCGAAUUUCUGACUGUAAUUCUCAUUAUUCAUUAUCUACUCAACAAAUUGUAUACAUGGCAAUACAAGUCAUCAGGGGUAUUCAGUUCUUACAUAGAAAGAAAAUUGUACAUAGAGACAUAGCAGCUAGAAAUUGUGUUGUGGAGAGUGAUUUGAUAGUCAAAAUUACAGACAAUUCAUUGGCACGGGAUUUGUUCCCGGGAGAUUAUAAUUGUUUAGGUGACAAUGAAAACCGGCCUGUGAAAUGGUUGUCAGUUGAGGCAGUAACAGAGAGGAGGUUUUCACCAGCAUCUGAUGUGUGGUCAUUUGGGGUAGUGUUAUGGGAGUUAGUGACGCUAGCUCAGCAGCCGUAUCCUGACAUAGAUCCAUUCGAGAUGGCGGCGUACCUCCACGAGGGAUACAGACUGGCACAGCCUCCAAACUGCCCCGAUGAACUGUAUUCUGUGAUGGCAUGCUGUUGGGCAAUGAACCCUGAAGAACGUCCAAAAUUUUCACAACUUCUGGCAUGCUUACAAGACUUUUAUACAGCUCUCGGAAGAUUCAUCUGAUGUUAUUAAUAACACUUGUGUUCGUAAAAUGCCAGUAUUUCGACAGACCAGACAAAAGUGUGAAAUGUGUCAGUAGCUUAAAAGACAAAGUGUGACGGACAUAGGUUUGAAAAGAAUUCCAGUAUAAACAAGUAAAAAGUGUUUGAAAUUCCAGGAAAUUUCAGAACACAGUGUAGUAAGGGUAGUCAUUAUAGUGAGGUCAGAGUAAGCUUGGUCAUACUGAAAUAUGUGCAUAUUUCAAGGGUAUUAAAAGUUAUGAGAAAUGCUACAGCUAUGUGAUAGCUUGAAAAGCUGCUGCCAUUUGCCAGUGUUAAAUACUUACUGCUGUGUGGUAGAGCUAUGUGGUAGUAUGAAUACAAUAGGUAAGGGGUUUUCUUAAGCACUGUUGCUGUUUGGAGGUGCAGCAUACCGUUUCCAUGUUGUGGUGUGAAAUACAACAGUUGUGUGGUGGUGUGAAACACUUUUCCUAUGUGGUGGUGUGAAACACUACUCAUACGUGGUGGUGUUAAACACUACUCCUACGUGGUGGUGUGAAACACUACUCCUACAUGGUGGUGUGAAACACUACUCCUAUGUGGUGGUAUGAAAAACCACUUGCUGAGGACAUUGACGACGUGGUUAAAACUUUCGUGUUUUUUCUACAACUGUUUACCAAGUUACAAGGAGACAGAACAGUUGGAGAGGUGAUGGCAAGGACAUGGAAAAGUUGAACAUGAUAGGUUUCACAGGUCAAGUAAAGUUACUGUGUCUGCUUUCUUAGUAUGUGUCAGUACAGACCGCUAAAGACUGAUAUGGCCUAUACAGAGCUCAUAUAUAUAUACAGGGUGUUAAACAGACAAGCUUAUGGGGUGAAAAAUAGCCCAUAGAUAUUAUGCUUCUGCACAAGUGUCUGGGAGUAUUUUCUCCCUAAAAUGACAUGUUUUUUUCGGGAUAAGUGAUUACGUAGUACCUGUGUUUAUAAAAUUAAAAAUAGUAACAGAAAGCCUUAGAAUGAUGUGUUGAUAUUUAGUAAGUUUUUGCUUUAGGCAAUUUGUUCAGUGCUUGCAAAGUAUUUCAUAGAACCCUGGUUGUGUAAAAUAUUGUUUAAAGAUGGUGUAAUUUCUACUUUCUAAGUAUUCAUAAGCCUAAAUAGUUUACCUCAGCACAGGACUUAAGACUGCACAGUAGUCUUUUGACUGUUUACUGUUAAAAGUAUUAAUGUGGUGUAAAAACAGCUCCCUGCCUUACAGUUAAUAUGAUCUACAGAUGAGUUGGUUCUUUUUUUAUAGAAAAUAGUCUACAGCAGAAAUAGGACUUCUUAAAUAAAAUUUAAAACAAACAAAAAAUGUUGCGAAUGAUCCAAGGAAGUUUAUUGAAUGAAUUGAAUGUAUUGAAUAUUUUUUACAAAAUCAAUAUAAAACCCUUGCUAAAUAUAGAAGUUAUUUAAUGGCAUUUAGCCUCAGAGAGCCUUCUUAUGUUACCUCCAAAAAGGAUCUUGGUGUCUUCACUGCAGGACAGAGUUGUUGUUUUUUUUGAAAGAAAUUUUCUGCAACAUUUUAAAAAAAAUUUCUGUAUGAAUUCUUUAUAAUAGCACAAGGAGUGUAUAUUGUUAUUUUAAAAUCUCAUAUUAAAGUAAAUUCAAAUUUAUCAUCAAAAUUUCUUCUUAAUGGGGCUUUUUGGGGUCCUUAUUCAGUGUUCAGCCAUGUUUGGAAUGCAUUUUUAAAUAACACAAUUUUGACAUCAUUUAUUGCUGGCUUAGUAAAAUACUUUCAGAAUAUCUUAAAUCAAGACAUAUUUUUAAAUUUUGAAAAAGACUUUUUCUAAAUAUUCAGGAGCCCAAAAAAAAUCUACACAUGGAUUUUCUUUGGACUUUUUUUACAUGAAAAAUGAGAUGAUUAAAAUUACUUGAUAAUCCAAUUUUUUUUUAUUUCCAAUCGUUUAGGUCUGAAAAUGGUUUAUGACUUGUAUGUUAUUUUUUUGUAAACUUAGAAAGAAAUUGUAUGUAGAAAAUAAAUGCUGUUUUAGAAAUUAGCGAAUCAAACAGUAUGUUUUCUUACCUUGCUUAAAGUGACUGCUGAAUAAUGUGCUAAGUGCUCUUUCUUCUUACUGCUGAAUCCGUACCUUCUUACUGCUGAAUCCUGAACUGCUUGUUGUAAAGUAAAGAGAUUAUAAAUCAGUGUAAAUUCUUCAUGUGACUUAAAGAAGGCAUUAAUUUAUUCUUGUUGCUGUGAGGCUGUAUGCUCAAAGUUAUAGACUUUUGUUCUGGCGUGUCUGUAUGUUUCUGUGUAUAUGAGAAAAUAGUAGAUACCAAUAAAUUCAUAAUCAGUAUUAAUACUUGGUUGGAAAUUAUGUAAUAUUUCUGUGUUGAUUUUUUGUGUGUAAAAACAAUUGUGAGUAGCAUAAUGAGAUAUCAUAGUCAUGUGCCUGUGUGUUAUAUUAAACCUUUAGCCUGCUAAAUUUCUGAAAAAGGACUGGUCCAUCAUUCAGUUUGGGCAGUACCAUUUAUUAUUCAAGGGGUGUUCAGUGAAAAUUUACUGAGUGAACAGCAAAUAGUGCAGACCAUGCAUGAUCAACCUGCACGGAUCUACACUAGUCGCAAAGGCAGAAUCACUUGCCACCAGCAGGCUAAAGGUUAAGAUUUAAAUAUACUAGUAUAUUGUAUACUGUGUUUUAUUUGUGAGAGUAUCGUCCCAUGUGGUCCUGCGAUAACUUGUAUAUGAAAGGAAUGGAAACCACAACCUUACACUUGCACAAUCAGAAGAGGUCACUCAUAGGGUCCGAACAUUUGGUUUGCGCUGUCUCUGUGAUUGCAGCAGGUAGAAAAGAUUUGAUUCUGUACCUCAAACUUUUAUUUUGAUGUAAAUGAGAUGUGAAAGUAAAAUUUUUAACCCUGUUCUGCACCUGCCACCAUAUAGCCAGUACUAUGUUGGUUCUCUGUAAAAUGAAAAUCAACAAAAUUUAAGCCAUUGCAUUUGGACUAGAAUUUAGACAUGCACAGAUAUUCGUUAGAAAUAUUUGUUAAACCUAAUUUUGGGGUACUAGAAAAAAAGAAGAUUUUGUUGAAUCACUGUACCAUUCUUAACAGAUUCAUAGUUCUGUGUAUUGAAAUAUCUAGCCCUAUCUUCAAAUCUUGACCAAAAAAAAACAACACAACAA